CUCCUUGAGACCAACAAUGAUGUGCUCCUUGGGGACCUCCUCCCAGCUGCCCUCGGGAACGAGGGUGGCGCCGACGGCCUCGAACUCGCUGUCGUCAAAGAUUCUCUCUGGGGAACGCUCGACGUUGACGACGUAGCCGGCUUUGAUGAGGGCGGCGGUGGUUGUGGGGGUGAGGGCAGAUCUGUGCUCGAGGGGCUUGGUCUCACUGCGGAGGUGAAGCACCGUGGGAGCCAUCGUGAAUGUGGUAUGAGUGUAAGUGUAAGUGGAGGGGUAUCUCAAAGUCAAGGUCUUGAAGAGGAAAGGCGUGAAGCAACAGAAGUUCAAAAAAAAAAAAAGUAUGCAGUAAGACAGAGCACAGCACAACACAGGGUCUGUAGUAUCUCUCAAUUUAUGUAUCAAUUCGGGGGGGGCGUCUCUGCUUGAGUCACCGACUGGAGAUGUGGAAUGGGGUCCCCUCUCUGGUGUACGCCGACUGCGGUGAGUGAAAAAACGAAAAACCCUGCUCUUGGGGGGACACCUGCAGGUACGACACCAGCAACCCCGCGGUCGCUAAUUGGCUGGCUUGGGGCCUGAAGUGGCCUGAAGUAUCAGUGUUUCGCCAUUGCACGGGAUCUCCCAUGCUGUCCUGUUUGCCGGGAGACUCCACUAGUGACGACGGAUUAGGGAAUCCACAUGGGCAAGACUGGUUGCUUGAUUUGAUCAUUUGAGAUAAGGACGCGCCUAACCCCCAUCGGGUAUCAACCCAGGACUCGGCCCGCAGCGGGAAUACUUGAUCCUUCUUUGUCCCCGAAAACGCCAGUCACGUGCAGGCGGUAGCAUUCACAGCCCUCUUUCUUUGGCAAUAGGCAGCGCAAUAUGCCCCAUUGCAGCCGAGCGUGCACGGCAGACGGCAGAUUGGGGUUAAAGGGCUGGAAGGCGAAUAAAAGACUUCCCGGAGUAAGGUCCGACUAUGAUUAGCUAGCUAAACAGCUGCCGCCCGUGGGAAAGGGUGUGGAGUGGCACAGCGACCCGAGAUGGGAGCAUUGGGAACAAUGACCCCAGCCCACCACGCCCACGCCGACCCAUUGAUCCUCGAUACCACCACCGCCCCAGGCUGACCAAAAACCCUGUUCUGGCCGCCAUCAUGUCGAGCUCCAGAUCGACUUCGCCAUUUGACAAGCUGUCGUACGGCACCAGCACCAGCUCGCUACGCCGACUGCUCCCUGCAUCGAACGAUGAAGCAGCGAGUGAGGCUUCGGUGAAUCUCGAAACCAGCCCGACCCCGGGGUCCUCGGCCGCGGGGACUGGGCAGGCUGCUCCGCGGAGAAGGAGGCAAGCUACCACGGCUGCGUGUCGGGCCUGUCGAAAGAGAAAGUCAAAGUGUGAUGGUGCACGCCCAACAUGUUCAGUAUGUCGUGACCGGAAAACAAAGUGCGAGUUUGAUACGAUUGCCGCGACCGAGACCCAUACCCAAGCCCUGAAGCGCAAGUACACCGAGCUUCUGCAACAAAAGAGCACAUUCGAACAGAUCUAUGAGGUCCUUCGGUCCAGACCGGAAAAGGAAGCCGAAGAAAUCUUCCAGCGGAUACGGAGGGGCGCAGAGGCCAGCUCCAUACUAAGGCAUGUCAACUAUGGCGACGUGCUUGUGCAGAUGGCCCUCGUGCCGGAAACGCGGUUUCGAUACGAGUUUCCCUACCUGCCGGAUAUGCCCAUCUACCUUCAAAAACACGACAACCCAUACCUCGACUCUGAGGUCUUUGACUGUGCUUUGCGGGGGGCUGUCGAGCAACCGCAACCACAGCAGCAACGGGCCUUGCCUAGCGUGAACGACAUGUUGGGUUCUCCCCGUGACGCCUUGGACCAGCGGGAUCCAUACCUGAAGCCGUAUUCCUCUGCCAUUGUGGUGGACCCGUGGCUGGACUCGCUCACGCCGUCAAACUGGACGUUGGUGAGCAGUGAUGACAAUUUCAUGCGCCAGGUUAUUCACGAUUAUUUUCUGUACGACUAUGAUUGGUUUACUUUUUUCCACAAGGACUACUUUCUGCAGGAUAUGGCGAGUGACCGACCACGGCACUGCUCAAGGUUAUUGGUCAAUGCCGUCCUGUGCAUAGGAUGUUAUUGUCAUCGAAAGCUGCCAGGUCGCUCCGAGUCAUGGAACCCCCAAAACAUUGGGAACCAGUUCCUCGCCGAGGCCAAGAGGCUCUUUGAGGUUGAAGCCGAGGUGCCAAGACCGUCUAUGCUUGAUCCAGAAUGGCAGCAAAAGUAUCACGACUGGGAGUGCCGCAGGCUAACCACCGUUCAGGCGGCGCUCCUGCUCAAUGUCAUCUACAACCUGAAUGGCUCUGACAGGCUAGGAUGGCGGUAUACGAUCCGGGCCGUGGAAAUGGCACACGAAAUACGGCUCUUCCAAGCGGUUCCGUCUCAUGUCAGCAGCGACAUUCGGUGCGCCAGGGAGUUCACAGCGUGGUGUCUGUUCACCUGGCAAAGUCUCAGCUCCUAUCACUACCUCAAGCCACCCUUGAUGGCCCGGCCGCCGGAAACACCUUUGCCAGAUCCGUCCGAGAACCCCCAGUGGUGGGGAGAGCUGUGGAUACGAUAUCCCCAAACGCCAGCUCGUCUACCCACUCACCACGGCCACCUCGCCAAGGCCAGAGCAGACUUUUGGACCAUCAUGAACGAUUUUUCGCUGUUGAGCUUUUCGCAACCUCACGUCAAGAUGCCGCUUGAUCAGGUUGUGGGGUUCUACAAUCGACUCCGCGGAUGGCUACGGAAUCUACCUGAGCCAUUGACACCCAAACGGCUUGUGCUACCGCAUCACCUAAAGGUUCACAUGCAUUACAACUGCGUCCUGAUCGACCUGCUGAAACCACUGCUCGGUCUGAACUGGAGCGACACCACCCAGCCAAACAAGACACUUGACGACGCGCACCACGAAGCGGCUAUUCACCUCGAGACGUUGCUCCGGCUGUACUACCUCCGGCACGGCUUCGAGGCCUUUGACGGUUUUUUGCUGCACUUUCUCGGCAGUUUGAACUUUAUCAAGAUCAACACGAGGGAGGCGCAGGAUAAUUCCUUGUUUCUCGAGUCGCACCGCUCGACGAUGCUGCUGCUUAUGAAGGGGAUUAGGGACCAGAGCCAGUGUCAUACGGUGGCGAAGAUGGUGCUACGGCUGCAGGCGCAUCUGAUGAGGUCGGAUGAUGUGGCUUUGCUGAAGAGGUUUGUGGAUAUUGAGACGGCUAGGUUGGCGUGUGGGCCGGAGAGUCCGAGGUUGGUGGAGGAGGAGGUGAUUUUGAGUGACUGGCCGGCGUAUGAGAUUGGGUUGGAGGCGAAGGCGGAGCAGAAGAGUAGGGGGGUGGAUUUUGCGAGUAUGGUCAGUUCGGUGACGGCAGAAGGGGGGGGUGGUGGGUAUGGGGAGAGUACGAGUGGGAGUAGGUCUUCUGCUUCUUCGGGGUAG